AUGCUUUCAAUAGAAAAGGAAACUUCUAGAGUUGCUACAACUAAACCAUUAGAUGAACUUUUUACGAAUGUCGGUCAAAAGUUUGAGACAGAGACCGUAAAGCAUGAAGGCUAUCGUUUUGACUACCCGUUAAGAUGGCUAAGAGACCCAUCCGUCACAAAAGCUAUUGGCUUUCGUAGAAUGAAGUUCAUUUCAGAAGCCAUACAUGGUUUCCCAUUUACGGUCGGUUUUGAAGUUCGAUACUAUAACAAAGAAAAACGUACGUAUGAGAAAUUUGAACAGGGAAAACUUUUACAAGUGAAUUUGCUUGUAAACUUAGAAACAACUCUUCAAGCUUUUCAAGAAAAAAUAAACGAUAUCUAUCUCGAAUAUGCAAACCAGUUUAACAUUGACGAAGGAGAGUACCAUCUCGAUAUUAUAUAUGACAGGAAAAAUGCAACUGUUAAAAUCAAUAGAAUAGAAGACCUUGGAGAAAAC